GUGAUCGGAAGGGGCGGGGCUGCUGGUGACGGACAAAGCCUGAGCCGGGCAUGUUUCUCCCCUCCCCCCCGACGGGAGCAUGGCAGAGGCCGCAGCCCUGGAUCCCCCGCUGCCCGGUGAAGAUGUCAAACCUUUUACUCCAGAGAAAGCCAAGGAAAUUGUGAUGUCUCUACAACAACCGGCAGUGUUUUGUAACAUGGUUUUCGAUUGGCCAGUACUACAUUGGAAUACUAAAUAUCUUUCUGAGGUGUUGGAUGGAAGGACAAUACGGUUUAGGAUGGGAAUGAAGAAAAGGGACACAGCUCCUCAAUUUGAAACCAAAUGUAGUUAUGUGGAAGCUACACUUGAAGAGUUUUUGGCCUGGACUUCUGGACAGCCUACUUCUGUCUCUAGACCAUUCAGUUGUUACGAUUCCUCCAAAUAUUGGGCUUAUGCUGACUACAAAUAUAUUGCUAGGAUAUUUGAAGACAAGACAGAAAUUUUCAAGGAUAUAAUGUGGUCUGAUUUUGGUUUCCCUGGAAGAAAUGGAAAGGAGAGCACGUUGUGGAUUGGCUCAGCAGAAGCAAAUACUCCUUGUCAUUUGGAUUCCUAUGGCUGCAAUUUAGUACUACAGAUACAAGGAAGAAAAAGAUGGCACCUUUUCCCACCUAGCAACACCACUUUCCUUUAUCCCACUAGGAUCCCUUAUGAGGAAUCCAGCAUAUUCAGCAAAGUCAACGUUGUCAACCCUGAUCUGAGACACUAUCCUCAGUUCAGGAAAGCCCAGGCCCAUGUGGUUACACUCAAUCCAGGACAGGUCCUGUUUGUUCCCAGACACUGGUGGCACUAUGUAGAAAGCGUUGACCCCAUCACAGUCAGUAUAAACUCUUGGAUUGAACUGGAUGCAGACCACAAAGCCCGGGUGGAAGAGGCAAUAACUCGAACGCUAGUGUGUGCCAUAAAAUCUGCAGAAAACCCCAGCCGGUUGGAUGCCUGGCUGAAUCCUACAGAAGUUGAGGCAACAUCCCAUGAAAUCAAUCUUCAGUACUUAAAUGGAGCAAUAUCUGCAUAUUUAGAAUAUCAAACGGUAACUGUAUCAGAGGACAGAGAUCGCAGCACCCAUGGUACAGAGAAGGAGGCAUCUUCAUGUAAAAGAAGGAAAAUACAAGCCAACACCAAACCAGAGGACUAUAAAUCAGGAACCCAGGAAGCUGGUUUUACAGUGGUUAAAGCAAAAAAGUUGGAGAAAAUACCAUUUGGGGUGCAUCUUAUUCCAGUAUUACCACAGUCUCAAGAAGCAAGCUCAGUGGGGGCAGGAGCAGUGGAAAGUGACUCUAGAGACCUUCUCAGCGAAAAUGAAGGAGGACAUUUUGGAAAAUCACGCUGCACUGGGAAGCAAUCAGUAAUGAGUAAUGACUGCGAAACACUUGCAGAUCAAACAGAUUCAGACAGCACUGCAAACUCUUCACAAAUGGGCAUUUCUACAAAUGACUUAUUAGAUUGUUUGGUUAAUCCACAAGUCAUCAGUUUAGUGGCCAGUCUCUUGUUGGAAAGAGAGAGAGUUUGAUAGAGUAUUUUAUCAUUUCUAAAAUAAAGAGAAACUGGCAGGCUCGUUCUGGGGUUUUUAACUCACUAGUAAUUGAAUAUUUUACUAUUUUUUUAAAUUUGCAUAUUUUUUUAGAUAUAGACAAGUAUGCUUGGGAAUGCAUGUUAGGCCCCAGACCAGUACCAUAUUUCAGAUGGUUAAAUGGCAGAAUAAAAAUGAAUAGCUGAAACAAGAAUAAAUAAAUAACAUUAGGCAGAGACAACUAAGAGAGAUAAAACAAAGCCCCUUUGGGAUCCAUCUGAUUAGAAAUAUAAAAUACCCAGCGGCUACACAAUUGUCCCCUGAUCGGGUUACUCUCUAUAAAUUGGAACCGUGUUGUAUCUUAAGUGUCCUAUAACAUAAUAAUUAGUUUAAACCUGUAACAGAUAUGUGGAGCCUCAAUUUAUAUGGGAUCCAAACAAACUCAUGCACAGGCUAAUGAGAGAAUGAGUCAGACAGUAGGCACUGGUGUACUUCUAUGCCGCCUAUUCUCUGCGUGGGUCUAUAAUAGUCUAAUUUCUUGGGGGUUGCAAUACUUAGGUCGAAUUUCAGUUGUUGGGUUUAGUGUGUGGGUACUGGGUGGUGCUGAUGGACUGUGAUAUACAGGAGGUCAGACUAGAUGAUCUGUUGGUCCCUUAUGGCCUUAAACACUAUGAAUCUAUGAGUGGAGCCUAGAAACCGAUACACAUCUGGACAACAGAUACUCAGUACGUGGCAAAAAAACUACGGCUGAGGUGAGCACCAGCACUUGGUCCCAGAGUAUCCUGUCACUGAAACACGCGUAAUCCUGCGAAAGGCAAUAACUGUGGGGAGUUAAGAUCCUGUAGCACCCAGUACUUUAUGGCCAUGGUCAAAACUGGAAAACAACAGAGUAGGAUGUAAUUAAUCCACUUCAGCAUUUCAUGGAAUGUUGGGCUUGAUUCAGUGGUGCAGACACAGCAAUAAGUGUACCCGAAAGGAAGUUUCAUCCCAGGGGAAAAACAGCUGUCGUCUAUCAGAUAGAAGGGCAGCUUCAGUCUCCGAGCCAAAGCUGCCUGGGAGAUGUAUUGAAUCAUGCACUACUUUGGUACGCUAAUCCUAUUCUCUCUCCAGCCGGUGCUGGCUGGCUCCAGCCCCACGCUGGGAGAAUGUGUGGGGCUUAUUCAUCUGCACCCUUCUCCAGUCUGACAUUCCACCACCUGGGUUCAAGUUGUGAAUCAGGCCCAUUCAUUGUAACUUCUCCACAUGAUGUGUGGCAUAAUUGAUGAUGAGAUCAGUGAAAGGCCAACUACCGUUGGAAGCCCAACACAAUGCAAGGGAUUGGGGGAUGUGUAUAGAAGAGCCAUUAAGCAAACUGGGUCAUAAAGAGGAUGAUCUAGUAUAGGUUGUGAUAUUUGCUCAGCAGGAGAUAACUGUUAAGACAGAAAUAAGUACUUGGAGAUACCUAAUCCCAACUCAGAAGUUCUACACCCAGCACCAUAUCCCUUCUCAACAAUAAAAAGUUCUGUGGUGGGGUGGGAAAAGAACCUACAGGGAGCAGGAGGUGGUCCUCAGGUAGGCUGGGCUACAGCACAGAAAUAUAGUGAAGAAGAUAGUUUUACAAUGCAGAUUUAAAAAGUCAGGAAAGGAAUAGUACGUGAAAUGGAAAAUGCAUGAAAACCAGCUACUCCAUAUGAAAUAUGAAAAAAUGUUAGUGCUGCAAGUUCUGCAGUCCUCCCUCGGCUCAGACCCUCUGAGCAGCUGUUCGGAUCAUAGCAAAUUUGAAUCCCUCUUCAUACAGUGGGCUAUUUUAGACUCAUUGAUUUGUGUUUUCAGCAGGUUUCCAGGGAAGUUGGGAGGAAAUCCAUCUUUGUAUAUCCUGGAAAAAGCAUAUUUUAUAUUCUCUGGUCCACAGCAAGGGCCUGUUCACAAGUUUAGAAGCUGUGCAGAAUCUUCUUGAAGCUACAGUGUUGCUCUCUGAAGCAUGGUCUUGGGGGAUUAACACAUGGUGAACUCAGUGUUGUAUUCACCAUAGGAUAUGUCUAGCUGGAGGAUCUUCGCAAGAACAUUACAAUAAAACACGGUUGGGAAAGUCACUUAAAAUUCCCCUGAAAUGCUUAAUGUCUUUGCUUGACCUGCGGCAGCACUUCAGAAUGGCACUUGUCCUAAUUAUAGCUUCAGCCAGAUUCUUUUUGGAAUAACAUCUGCAGUUGUUAAGGUGACAAACCGGUUUCCAGUUUUACCCUGUUUUACCCAUUGAUAGUUCUCUUAAGCACCCAAUCUUUUGGCCUGAAAUUUUCUUGGCUUGAUCUCUGCCCCAUGGUGCUAUUUUCAUACAAGCCACUUUCCAACUGUUUUUGAGUUAUGGAAGUCAUAGGGGUGGAGAUUCUCUUCAGCUGCAGUUGUACAGUUCCUAGCUCUGUGUUGCCCUGAUCCUGCUUCAGGCCUUUGAGUGCUACGGCUAUGUAAAUGAUUCAUCAUAAUAUUGGGGUGAGAAACACUUUUCCAGUCAUAAGAAAAUAAACAAAAAAAAAACCAACACUUUUUGAACAGGGUUAGAGAAAAAUGAAUAGAGGUGGAAAUUUGAAAUGGUACAGAGAUAUGAUCCUUACUGGUCAUUUGGGGGUCAGAUUCUUCACUACUGACAUGAGCAAGGGUUGCAGGAUUAGGCCCUUGUCAUUUGGUUGGGAGGAGGGAGGGAAUUAUAAUUAGAGAAUAAAAUUAUAAGCAGUUGGGAAAAGUCACUUCUGAGCAUGCUCAGGGGAAAUUAAGAAUUUCAGCAGAGUUUAAAAUGUGUUUCUUUUCUGAAAAA